UGCUGGGAUUAAAGGUAUGUGGCACCAUGCCUGGCUCAGAAUGGAUUUUAACAUCAAUAUCACAUAUACAAAUACUUUGAAAAUGCUGAAGUCUCCUUCCAGCCUGACUUAUGUUUUUCUCUGCUUUGAUUUGCCCACCUGUGAGUAAGAAGCACCAACCCUCCACCAGGAGGACACUCGCCAUCAACACAGACACAUCACCCAUGAGAAAGUGCUAGUGCUGCCUCUCCCAGCUGCUGACCACUGACCGCGGGGAUGGCGGCAAGAGGUCUGCCUGCUGCAUUCCUGGCUCCAGGGCCUGGGUGUUCUCCCUCCACAGGAAAUGGGGGCACCGCUGGAGAGGGGCAGGCAGCUGCAUCCCAGUGUCCCGUGAUAAGAGCACAAUAGGACUGAAGGGUCCUGCUGGAUGUCACCAGGAUGCCCUCUGGUCAUCGGCUUCCAGGAAGUGGCAGCACCCUUCCCAGCACAGUGGGAAGGGGUUGCUGCUUGUCUGCGGUGAGGUGGGCAGCAGAGGGGCUUUGUAGGGCGGCACCAGGUCACAGCCUCUCCAGAGCCCACCCAUCCCUCCUGAAGAAGUGGCGGGGCCCUGUCAAUUUUGACCCUGGCUGGGUCUCCAGUGCCCACUGUUAGAUUUCAAUUGUUUUUAAAAUUCUUCUUGGCCUAGCUUCCGAGUCCACCUUCAAGUUCAGCAGCUGUGUUGCCAUGAUACCCAGUGCCCUGGCUGGAAGUGGAUGGUGCUGCCUGCUAACCUUGAGCCUAAAUGAGCAACCAGUGGGAUGGUGCUGGGAGCUGGGCAGGCCAAUCAGAGCAGUGUGGGGAGGGAAGGGACCCAGGACCCCAGGGAGAAGGGGCUGACUGGAGAAGGGUAAGGGUGAGGGGUCAUGGGCAGGUGCUGUGAAGGUCGGGUCAGCCUGCAGAGGCUUUGACUGUGAGGAGGAGAUGCCAGCCUGGGCCCAGAAGCCUGUGGGCCACACAGGGUGCUGCCCAUGCCUCCUGCAGCAGGCAGGAGCACUGGGAUGGUGAGAGGCACCUCCACCCCCAUGCAUACAUCCUACACAUGCCCAUCAUGUGGUUGCCUGCAGUAGGAGGGGCCUCAGGCAUGACUUUAAAAAUGCAGAGAAAGGCUCCAUUCUUCACAGACCCUCAGCCCAGCCCUGGCCCAGCAAGGCAGGUGACGGAGUCACUCAGAAAUGUCUGGUCCUAAGGGGCCUCCUAGGAAGAGGCGGGGAGGGUGGCCAGAAGCUGGGUUCAUGCAUGUUGGGUGUUAGACUCCGAGGGAGAAUCUGUGAGCAGAGGGCCUCUUGGCAAAGCUCAGGGGCCUGGCCAGGGAGUGUCGGACUGUCUGGGCCAUGCCUGGGCCAACGUUUGUCCUGAGUUGCAGAGGGUGAGUGACGGCCACUCUGGGGGCACCCAGAUGGAUGGAUGGAGGCAGGCAUGCAAGACACCAAGUCUUGCUAGCUCCACGAGCUGAGUGGGAUGCUUGGAGUGAUGCCUGCUGGAAUUUAGGACUCUGCUGGCCCCUUCCUGUCCUGGGACAGGACUAUGCCCAUACAAGAGUCCCUGAGGAGGAUGCUGGGCUCCCUCAAUGCUACCCACUCAGCCACCCCACCCCUCAGGCUGCCUAGCAACGACACAGGACCUGGGUGUCUGCACGUGUCCAUCCCUGAUGGGCUCUUCCUCGGCUUGGGGCUGGUCAGCUUGGUGGAGAAUGUGCUGGUGGUGGUUGCCAUCAUUAAGAACCAUAACCUGCACUCACCCAUGUACUGCUUCAUCUGCUCUCUGGCCCUGUCUGACCUGCUGGUGAGCUCCAGCAUCGUGCUAGAGACAGCUAUCAUCCUGCUGCUGGAGGCAGGCACCCUGGUGACCCCGGCCACUGUAGGGCAACAGCUGGACAACGUCAUUGAUGUGCUCAUCUGCAGCUCUAUGGUGUCCAGCCUCUGCUUUCUGGGCGCCAUUGCUGUGGACCGCUACAUCUCCAUCUUCUACACACUGCGCUAUCACAGCAUCAUGACACUGUCACGGUCCCAGCGGGCCAUCGCAGCCAUCUGGGUGGCCAGCGUCCUCUCCAGCACCCUCCUCAUCACCUACUACAAGCACACUGCUGUGCUGCUGUGCCUGGUCAUCUUCUUCCUGGUCAUGUUGGCUCUCAUGGCGGUUCUGUACCUGCACAUGCUCACCCGAGCCUGCCAGCAUGCCCGGGGCAUUGCCCGGCUCCACAAGAGGCAGCGCCUGUUCCCUCAGGGUUUCUGCCUUAAGGGUGCUGCCACCCUGACCAUCCUCCUGGGCAUUUUCUUCCUGUGCUGGGGCCCCUUCUUCCUGCACCUCACCCUUGUCAUCCUCUGCCCCCAACACCCUGCGUGCAGCUGCAUCUCCCAGAACUUCAACCUCUUUCUGGUGCUCAUCAUCUGCAACUCCGCUGUGGACCCCCUCAUCUAUGCCUUCCGCAGCCCGGAGCUCCGUAGGACACUCAAGGAGGCGCUGCUGUGCUACAAGGAGGCACACCAAAUGCGCACUCCCAACUUCUUGAACAGGGACAGCUGGAAGCCGGGCACGGAAAGCCACCUCGCCGCACACUGCGGGGGCGGGGCACCGCUGCAGACAAAAGACUCCGUUCUAGAGGCUCAAACGCGAGCCACUCCCAAGAGACCAGGGCCAUUCUGCGCAGACCCCAGUCCUUGCAGACCCGACUUCGGUCUGCUCGCCGUGCCCUCCUGUGAAGCAUCCCCCUGCUGGCCAAGCCCACCCGGUCCCGCGAGCCUGGACCCGAGAACAAAGCUUCGGCCCGGCUGGGCUGCACUGCCGGGCCUCCGCUCCACGGUCAACCCGACCCUCGGACGCAGGCCACUUAGGAGGCUUGGUGCAGUGACUGCGAGGUUCAGCAAGGGACCUCACGCCGCCCAGAUUUCCUCAGCUGUCCCAUCCCCAUCCCUUGAGGCUGUCCCUUGCUCAAGGUCACACAGUAAGCGAAGACAGGGCCAGGGCCACCUCGGCUCUUCGCCCCAGAUGACUCCCGAGCUGGGGCUGGGGCUGGGGCUGGGCGGAGGAGCCGGCCUCUCCCGGAACAAUGGGGCAGUCUUGGAGCCGCCCUGCAGGGGUCUUGCAGGAGUCUUUGUCUGUGCCUGCCAGCUUCGGGAGGACUCGGCCCACUCCCGUUGCUGGGCGGGGCCUCUGCCUUCGGGCAAAACGGUCAGCACCGCGGACAGCGCUACCCGGGCCUGCAACAGACCCUGGGGUCGCUGCAGGGAAGAUUUUACCAGCCUUGUGGCCACCCACCAGCUUAAUCUCUCUGUGUUGCAGUUCUGGGAGGUCAUCAGCGAUGAGCAUGGCAUUGACCCCAGCGGCAACUACGUGGGGGACUCGGACCUGCAGCUGGAGCGUAUCAGUGUCUACUACAAUGAGGCUUCCUCUCACAAGUAUGUGCCUCGGGCCAUCCUGGUGGACCUGGAGCCGGGGACCAUGGACAGCGUUCGGUCGGGUGCUUUUGGGCACCUCUUCCGGCCUGACAACUUCAUCUUUGGUCAGAGUGGGGCUGGCAACAACUGGGCGAAGGGUCAUUACACAGAGGGCGCCGAGCUGGUGGACUCGGUCCUGGAUGUUGUGAGGAAGGAGUGUGAGAACUGCGACUGCCUGCAGGGCUUCCAGCUGACCCACUCGCUGGGUGGCGGCACGGGCUCGGGCAUGGGCACCCUGCUCAUCAGCAAGGUGCGCGAGGAGUACCCCGACCGCAUCAUGAACACCUUCAGCGUGGUGCCCUCGCCCAAGGUGUCCGACACGGUGGUGGAGCCCUACAACGCCACGCUGUCCAUCCACCAGCUGGUGGAGAACACGGACGAGACCUACUGCAUCGACAACGAGGCCCUGUACGACAUCUGCUUCCGCACCCUCAAGUUGGCCACGCCCACCUACGGGGACCUCAACCACCUGGUGUCGGCCACCAUGAGCGGGGUGACCACCUCCCUCCGCUUCCCGGGCCAGCUCAAUGCUGACCUGCGCAAGCUGGCUGUGAACAUGGUGCCCUUCCCGCGCCUGCACUUCUUCAUGCCCGGCUUUGCUCCUCUCACUGCCCGGGGCAGCCAGCAGUACCGGGCCCUCACCGUGCCGGAACUCACCCAACAGAUGUUUGAUGCCAAGAACAUGAUGGCUGCCUGUGACCCGCGCCACGGCCGCUACCUGACAGUGGCCACAGUCUUCCGUGGCCGCAUGUCCAUGAAGGAGGUGGACGAGCAGAUGCUGGCCAUCCAAAGCAAGAACAGCAGCUACUUUGUGGAGUGGAUCCCCAACAACGUCAAGGUGGCCGUGUGCGACAUCCCACCUCGUGGGCUCAAGAUGUCCUCCACCUUCAUUGGCAACAGCACAGCCAUCCAGGAGCUGUUCAAGCGCAUCUCGGAGCAGUUCACGGCCAUGUUCCGGCGCAAGGCCUUCCUGCACUGGUACACGGGCGAGGGCAUGGACGAGAUGGAGUUCACUGAGGCCGAGAGCAACAUGAACGACCUGGUGUCCGAGUACCAGCAGUACCAGGACGCCACGGCCGAGGAGGAGGGCGAGAUGUACGAAGAUGACGAUGAGGAGUCCGAGGCCCAGGGCCCCAAGUGAAGCCAUCACAGCUGGUGCGUGGGGCCAUGUGGCAGCCAGGGCCAAGACGAGCGGCGUCUGCCCCAGAGCCAUCUAGCUACCAGCACUGCCCCAAGCUUUGCUUCGCACCAGCUUGUCCCAGCACCCUAGGGCUCCCGAGUUAGAGUCCUCAGUAUUUAUGGCCACCCCACCCCACGAGUUUAUGUGGCUCUGUCCUCCCUAUGUAGGCCACCUCUGUUUCCUGUUGCUCUUGGUCUGUUUUAUUGUGGCUUCAAGCCUGAUGUUUUAUGGUUUGUUUUUUACUGGUUGUGUUUAUAUUUUGGGGGGAUACUUAAUAAAUCUAUUGCUGUCAGA